UCGGAGCUCAUCCCUCCCAGUUCGAUCGGCAACGGGAGCGGAGAAAAGAAAGCAGAGACCCCGAAGGCAGCAGCCCCUACCACCGCCGGCCCAGGUUACCAUCUAGCACCGGGAAAACACACUAGAGAGUCGCCGCCGGCACAAGUUCAGGUCACCAGAAACCACCAUGAGCAGCGAGGCCGAGACACAGCAGCAGCCGUCACAGCCAGCCGACGCGGAGAGGCCGUCUAGCCCGGCGACAGCAACUACUGCGGGGGAUAAGAAGGUCAUCGCCACAAAGGUCCUGGGUACUGUGAAGUGGUUCAAUGUGAGGAACGGCUAUGGUUUCAUCAACAGGAAUGACACAAAAGAGGAUGUCUUUGUCCACCAGACAGCGAUUAAGAAGAAUAAUCCCCGGAAGUACCUCCGCAGCGUGGGAGAUGGAGAGACUGUGGAGUUCGAUGUUGUCGAAGGAGAAAAGGGAGCAGAGGCAGCUAACGUGACCGGGCCCGGUGGCGUCCCCGUCCAGGGCAGCAAGUAUGCAGCGGACAGAAACCGCUACCGCAGAUAUCCACGCCGCCGCGGCCCCCCCCGCGGAGACUACCAGCAGGGCUACCAGAGCGACGGCGAGGCAGAGGGGCAGGAGAAGCGUGAGGGGGGGGACAGCGCCCCCGAGGGGGACGGCCAGACGCAGCAGCGCCGGGCCUCCUUCCCCCCGCGCCGCCGGUACCCCCCGUACUUCGUCCGCAGGCGCUACGGCCGACGCCCGCCCUACACCAACGCAUCCAGGGGGGAGAUGACCGAGGGUGUGGACGGGGACGAGAACCGGGGCGGUCCGGACCAGGGGAACAAGCCCAUGAGGCAGAACUACUACCGGGGCUUCCGGCCAAGGUUCAGGGCCAGGGGUGCCCCUCGUCCCCGACCCCCCCGCGACGGCAUGGGUGAGGAAGACAAGGAGAACCUGGCCGACGGCAACAAGAACCAGGACCCCGAACAGCGCCGGUACCGCCGCCACUUCAACUACCGCCGCAGACGCCCACAGGCCGGCAAACCCGCCGAGGGCAAAGACGGCAAGCCGGCCGAGGCGGCCGCUGACAAGCCCAGCGCUCCUGAGGCCGGACAUGGGGGGGCUGAGUAAGAACGCAGUACCACCAACAGCACCAUCUACCACCCACCGGUUUUGUCAACAUAAAGAACCAUCGUAAAGAUCUGAGCAAUAAGGAAGGGGUUUGACCGGACCCUGACGGCUCGCAACACGCGUUUGACCAGAAGACCGCCUGCCUGCACUGACUAUGCAGCCCCAUUCUUUUCAGUGCUUUCACUUGACCGCUAAAAAACAACGAAACAUGGUUUUAUUGGGGAAAACAGCAGAGGUUUUUUUGUAAAUUGGUCUUGUUUUUACACCAAAUGGUUUUUAAAAGUUAUUUGAUAUCUGGUCAAUUUGACAUUUUUAAAAAAAAGUUUUUAUGUAUACAACAUGAAUUUUAACAGAAGGCAAGCGCUAAUAAAAAGUCAAAUGCAA